CACACCGCGGCAGCGUCCUCUGGGCUCAGGACGCAGAGUGAGCGGAGGCUCGCCACCACACUGUGCGCGGGCAAGAGGGAACAACCACAAGUUAUUACUGGUUCAAGGUUGACGAUUUGAGGAAAAGAGCACAUCCCGCAUUUGUUUCAUUGUUGUUUUUUUUUUUUGGUACUAUUUGUUAUUUAAUGAGUAAGAUACUUUAGACAUGGCUUCAUCCGUGAGCGGCACAGAGGAGGUGCGGGUGACGGCGUUGACGCCCCUGAAGUUGGUGGGACUUGUGUGCGUCUUUCUCGCUCUCUGCCUGGAUGUCGGUGCCAUGUUGAGCCCGGCGUGGGUCACCGCGGAUGACCAGUACUUCCUGUCCCUGUGGGAGUCUUGCUGGAAGCCCGUCAGCUCCGAGGAUUGGUCCUGCAGCAGCACGCUGGCCACGGACUGGCAGAUCGCCACCCUGGCUCUGCUGUUGGGGGGAGCAGCCCUCACCCUGCUCGCCUUCCUCGUGGCGCUGUUCUCCCUGUGCUUUGGCUCCAGGAGUCGCUGCUACAAGCCUGUGGCCGUCAUGCUUUUCUCUGCAGUUGUGCUCCAAGUGUGCAGCUUGGUUCUCUUCCCCAUCAAGUUCAUAGAGACAGUCAGUCUGAGGAUCUACCAUGAAUUUAACUGGGGCUACGGCCUGGCAUGGGGAUCCACCAUCUUCUCUUUCGGAGGUGCCCUCCUCUACUGCCUCAACCCCAAAAACUAUGAAGACUACUACUGAAAAGACGAGGAGAAACCUGGGACCUCACCCAGCUAGUGUCCACAUUAGUAAUAGCACCUCUGUCUCUUACAUAUCGCACAAAAAGACUAGAAAUAGGAAAAAUAAAACAAAACAAAUGCUCAUUAAUAUUUUCAGGACUGGAAUGGAGCUCUUGUAUUUGAUACUGUGAACUUGUCUCCAACGCUGUCCUCGCUCACUGGACUGAAGCCCUGAGGUCUCUUAGGAGAGCUUGCAGUGAAUCCAGUGAUAUAAAAGAAAUGGGGCGCUUUCAUUUGGGAGAGAAUGCCACCGGUCAGAUAAUUCUGCGUCCCCUUUAAGUGUAACUCCAGUAGGUCUUAGUUCUGGACACAAGGUCUGUUGUGAACAGAUGGAUUCGCUGGCCCCAUACCCGGAGGAAUUGAUGGACUAAUUAGCCAAUCAGAGAAGAGAAGGAAAUGUGGAGAGGAAGACAUUCUUUUGAAGUGAUAUCCUGAGGAUGACAAAGUGAGGAAGAUGGGGCACACCUAAAGAAUGCAACAUGCCACAUUUCCCCAGAGACGCAACAACAACUGGAGGCUGGCCAAGCUUUCUUCUGCUGCCAGCAGACUUUAAUAUAUCAGAGAAAGCAUGUCACAGAGCUCCCUGGACUCACUGCAUUUGUCCUGUCCUGCUUGUGUCUAUUAUAACUGGGUCAAUAAACAGAAGCUACCUAAGACAGCUAACACCUUCCAAAUGGGUGAAAGUAACACAAUCCUGGUUAAAGAUUCACUCACGAGUGUCUUCUACACAAAACCUGAUUUACAAGAUGCGAUCAAGAAGUUCUGAGAACAAAAUUAUAAAGAAUGUAAAGCAUUACCUUUAAUUUGGUCAUUCUCAUGUUCAGAGUUACCUUUUACCUGCGACACGCCCACAUAGCUUCCAGCAUGGCUGCUGUUUUUAGAUCGCUCCCUGGAAUUCCAAUUAUGCCACGACCACAGACUGCAAACAUUAGCUUCUGUUUGAACGUGAUCCCUCCGCAGGGAGGACAGUCGCUGGUUAUAAGAUCUCCAGCUACAGCAGUCGAGAUGAAGAGUUUCCUCAGCGUUUCCCAGGAUAAGCUGGAGGAGGUGGCUGGGCUGUGGAGGUCUGGGCGUCCUUGCUUAGGCUGCUGGCCUGCCCUGGGUCAUCAUUUUUACACUAUGGCAGAUCCAGCAUCAGUCUCAGAGGCUGAUCUAAAAAUAGCGGCCAAUCUCACGUCAAGUCCAUCACAUGAACAAAAUAGUACUUAACGUGAGAUCAGCCUAAAGUCUUGGCUGUAACAGACCUGCUGUGAGAACCUUUCAAAUACCCCCAGUCGUACCUGCUUUUUCAGGAAAUUGUAUCAUAUCCAAGUUAUGCAGUUUACAUAAUAAAAGCUUAUUAGUUUUAAGCACAGCAGUAGGAAGGUAGAGGGCAAAUGACCACGUCUGCUGAGUGUGUGUGCGUGAUCAUACCAGCCAGCAUGUGCUCACAGACCUACCCAUGUGAUGCCUCCUUAUCUUCCCACUCAGUAGGAAAUGAGAAUGCUCUCAACAGGCACCAUUAAAAAUACAUCUGCUUUCCUAUAGACAGGCUGUGGCAGGAAAUCCACUGUAGCUGAAAAAGGCAACACACUUGGUUUUAGCGUCUGAGCUAAGGUCCACACCAGAGUGGGACGUGCCGUGUACGAGUAAUGAAACGAGGACCGCGGUAGACGACCUACACCGGCGUGCUGUGGUAAUGGCCGUCUUCUGAAAGCUCCUUCAUAGCGUUCAUGAACUCCCUCCUGCAACAUCAAAGUGUGUGCAUGCAUUUACAAUUCCCACUGGUCUGAUAAACA